GGAGCGGGUACCUGUCAAAUUCAGGUAACACGCUCCCACUUCCGGUCCGAUCGCCUAGGCGAUCGGAAAUGGAAGGUGUCCUCCCUCACUCCCUGUAGUCUUUUGGGACACGUGACAGGUCCCAGAAGACUACAGGACCAUUCACGAAGCGCAGCACUGCUCACGCAUGCACAGUGGGUAGCCAGCUGUGAAGCCGCAAGCUAUGAAGAUGCUGGCCUCCUGGAAUCCAGCACGGCCUGUGAAACG